AUGAGUAAAGCAAAGGUUUUUGUGACAAGACCAGAUUUUCCGGAAAAUGGAAUUCGUUUGCUGCAAGAAAAGUAUGAUGUGGAAAUGUACCCCUAUUCCAAAGCAGUGGAACGUGACUACCUGCUGGAACACGUCAAGGGUGCAAGUGCUCUGUUCUGCAUUACCAGUGAGCAGAUUGACAAGGCUGUCUUGGACGCGGCAGGUCCAGAGCUGAAAAUAAUAUCUAGUAUGUCUUUGGGUUUUGAGCACAUAGACAUAGAAGAAUGUAAAAAAAGGAAUAUAAUCGUCUGCAACUCGCCUAAUCCGAUGAUGGUUGCCAGCGUGGCCGAGUUUACUAUUGGCUUACUUCUGGCCGUAGCCAGAAAGAUCGUGGAAGCUUCAGGUGCCAUUCAAAGAGGGGAAUGGAUCGAAGGCUGGAAUCCUAAUUGGUACGUGGGGAGAGGACUCACGGGUGCUGUUGUCGGCAUUGUUGGAAUGGGGAGAGUGGGCAAAGCUGUUUUUAGUCGACUCCAGCCAUUCGGAGUGAUGCAAGUUCUCUAUUUCGACAUAUUCCAUCCAAUUGUUGAAGUCGAGUCAAUGGGAGCUCGCUACGCCCCUUUCGAAGAAUUGUUGAAGGAGUCGGACUACGUGAUCUCGACUUGCAACUUGACGGAGAAGAGCCGAGGUAUCUUCGAUAGAAAAGCAUUCUCCCUUAUGAAGAGUAGCGCUGCCUUCAUCAACACUAGCCGAGGAGGCGUGGUCGACCAAGAAGCCUUGGUGGAAGCUUUAAGAGAGAAACGCAUCAAAGCGGCUGCCAUCGACGUCAUGCAUCCUGAGCCCCUGCCACGUGAUCACGAGUUGCUGUCACUACCCAACAUUAUUGUGACACCUCACAUCGCAGCCUUAGAAGAAUCGGCCAUGUGGGCUCAGAGCUCCCUGACAGCGGAAAACAUCAUCGAAGUUCUAGAAGGUCGAGAUCCUCUUACUCUAGUUUAUUAA